CACAGGUCACCUGUUCAAUGUGCAGCUAUAAAACAACCUUCGCUCGGCGAGGGAUCAGGCAGUGCACGUAUCAGCAGAGGCACGCCUGAAGGAGAUCGCCGACUGCAAAAUCGAGGAGCCAUAAUGUAUAUGUCAACGCUGGCGGUGUCGAUCGUCCUUAUUACCUUAUCCUCUAACUUGGCCGUGGCGGUGAAGAAGGAGAUCCCCUCACCACAGAUGCUCUCGAGAGGUUGGGGAGAUGAGCUCUCCUGGGUGCCGUCCUAUGAAGAAGGAUUGUACAAUGCCAAAAAGAGUAAAAAACCUCUCAUGGUGAUUCAUCAUUCGGAGGAUUGUCAGCAGUGUCAAGCCCUGAAAAAAGCGUUUUCCAAAAGUGCGGAAGUCCAGGAACUGGCGAAGAAAAACUUCAUCAUGCUGAAUCUCAUGCACGAGACAACGGACAAAAACUUGGCCCCAGAUGGUCAGUACGUGCCCAGGAUCCUGUUCAUUGAUCCUUCCUUCAAAGUCAGAGCGGACAUCACCGGGCGUUAUUCCAAUCGCCUAUAUGCGUAUGGAUCGCAGGACAUGCCGCUGUUGAUAGAAAACAUGAAGAAAGUGCGCCAUCUUUCUCAGACUGAGCUAUGACCCACCACAGGGGAGAAGCUUCGGAAGGGCCCGCACCAAGAAGGGGGCCCAUUGUCACUGCUUCCACCAGUCUCCUCAAAUUGCAUACAUUGUUACACAAUGGAGUAAAGUUGGAUUUUAAUAAAAAAAUAUAAAA